AUGCGCUUUGACUGCGCGGAGAGGCGAUUUUCGAACCUCUUUGCAAGGUACAUUCGGUAUGUCGUCGCGUAUCCAUGGCCAUUCAUCAUUCCUCCAUUUCUGCUAGCAUUAGCAUUAAGUACGGGACUUCUAAGGCAUGGGCAAGCUUUUAUUAAGGACGAACUCGAUCUCUACACACCGACAGAUGCUCGAGCUAGGCAGGAGUUCCAGCAGCUGGAUACACUGUUUCAUAUCAAUGAUUCGGAUCCAUUCUAUGCCACAAGAAGAUACGAUAUAAAACGCGCUGGAUACAUAAUUGUAACCAGCAGUAUUGAUGGCCAAGACAUCUUGAAUCCAUUGGUAAUGCAUGCAGCAAUGCAACUGUGGAGUAUCAUACAGUCACUUACUGUAGAAGAUCAUAACGAUAGACGAAUUAAUUAUCCAUCAAUAUGUGUCAAAUUUCCUAUGCCGCCAGAAUUUGGCAAAGCGCUUCACACAUUUUUGUCGCCAAAUAUGUCAACACCUGAAGAGAUAUGUGUCUCGAACCCACUAGUCGAAACUUUUAAAUUUAUUCUACUUAGCGACAGGUCUGUAUUAAACCAUUCAAUCGAUGAGAUAACUCUUGGGCAAAUUAGCGAUGCUAUAUCGUUUGAUUCGUUAGGCAUGACACAUCUGCUUGGCGGAGUUACAUUAGAUAACGAAAAAAGAAUAUCCGGUGCAAAAGCAAUUAUGCUUCCGUAUGCGUUAAGGCAUUCCUCAGAGGUCGAGGAUUGGUUAGCUGAAAAAUGGGAGCUAAAAUUAGCUGAUUUUUUACUAGAAUAUAAUUCGCCUGUUAUUCGGACAUCCUGGUGGACAUAUGAGACACUUGCAUCAGAGAGUGCCCGAGAUCGUGAACAACUGAUAAGAAUGCUCUUGCCAUGUUUCAUCGUCGUCUCGUUGUACACAAUUGCAUGCUGCUGUUUGGCUUCAUGGGUCCGAUCCAGGCCAUGGCUUGCAAUCGGCGGUGUCAUCAGCGCAGCAAUGGCCAUCGUCAGCGGUGUGGGACUUCUGUUGCUGUGUGGUUAUAAUAUGACCAGUGUAGCAUAUUCCAUGCCUUUUAUUGUUUUUUGUAAGUUUUUUAAUAUCAUAUUUGUUUUAUCAUUUCCAAUUUUCAAUUAUAUUGCUGCUAAUUAA